CUGAGACAACUGGCUGUGACGUCAUCACAGCGCGCCUCAGCACACGCUAGUAAUGAAGACUUUCUGUUAUUUUCUGAGCUCACGUUUCCGAUAAAAUGUCGGUUUUUCACGACGAAGUCGAGAUCGAGGACUUUGAAUAUGACGAGGACACGGAGACAUAUUACUUCCCUUGUCCCUGCGGAGACAGAUUCGCCAUCACUAAAGAGGACCUGGAGAACGGAGAGGAGGUGGCGUCGUGUCCGAGCUGCUCCCUCAUUGUUAAAGUCAUCUACGAUAAGGACUUGUUCGUAUCUGGAGAAAUCAUCGAAGCUCCGUCAUCUUCAGAGAGCAGACUGGAGCUGGCUCAGUCCUGACCCCCCCCGGCUCAGUCCUGACCCCCCCGGCUCAGUCCUGACCCCCCCGGCUCAGUCCUGACCCCCCCCGGCUCAGUCCUGACCCCCCCGGCUCAGUCCUGACCCCCCAGCUCAGUCCUGACCCCCCACCCCCACAGACUGAUGCUUUAAGCAAGUUAUUUAUGCAGAGACACUUUUUAUGUUGAACAAAUGGAGGAAAGACGGAUUUAAACUUCUUCCUAAGUGUUUUAGCAGCUUGAUAACAAACAUGACAAACUCACAGAUUUUUUUUUUCUCCUUAAAGUUUCAUUGAGGUAGUAUGGAUUGUUUUGAAAAGAUGAUGCGUUCAGGUGCUGCUGGGAAACAUCAGGCUCUUCACUGCCACCAACAUUUCAUCAGUGGGUUCAUACUGUGUGUUUGUCUCCAGGUUUUUAACAGGCAGAUUAAAAAAGAAAGUUUGACCUGAUGGAGAAUCCCCCCCCCCCCCCCCCCCCCCCCCCCCUUUACCAGCAGCGGGAAGUUUUACAGUGAGUCUCCUGGCUGCAGUCAGAGAGUGGAGGAUGUAAAGUCGUUACUUUGGGUUAAAGGUAAAAACAAAAUCAGAUCGAUACUGAAGAGACAUCUUAUCUCAGAACCGCUUCUGUCACAUAAAGGCUCUGAUCCCUGUUCAUCAUGUAUUUCAUUACAGGAAUUUCCCCCUAGGGGAUAAAUAAAGUAUAGCUCCAGCAACCCAUCUAUCCAUUGAUCUAUAUCUAUCUAUCGAUAUAUCGAUCUCUCUAUCCAUCUGUUGUGGCGGCAGCAGAGCUUUCUCUCUGAAGCUAGCUUGACUUCCAGCUGUUGGAGCUACAUGAUUAGAAUAAACUGGGGUGAAGUGUGAGACGACUGGCUGCAGGGACAGAUUUCACACCAGAGACACAUGAGGACGUCCUGCUGGGAAACAGCUGAUGUUCAGACACAGAUCGACACCAUAUGAUUAAUAAUAAACAGAGCUAACUGCUAACGCUAGCUCUCACCUGUCACCUGUCUGACUGCUGCUCACCUGCUGAAGCUUUGAUGAUAAAACAGCUACUGAAAGAAUCAGCUUGAAUAUUAAUGAAGCUAAUUAACUGUAACACCCCCCCGUCAUUGGCUCGAAUGGGUCACAAAUGUUAUUUUUUAAAUAAUAAUAAACAAUAGUAAUAAUUAACAUUAAUAAUAA